CAGAGAAAAAGAGAUGGACUCGGACGUCACAGCUGUCCAUUCUGUGACAAAUCCUUCGCAAAAUCUGAAUAUUUAAGUAUUCAUCUGAGACAUCACACUGGCAAGAACCUACACACCUGUGAGCAGUGUGGGAAAACAUUUGCUAGAGCUGAUAGGUUGGUAGUCCACCGACGUAUUCACACUGGAGAGAAACCAUACAGGUGUGAACAGUGUGGGAAAAUGUUCGCUAGAUUUGCUAGGUUGGUAGUCCACCGACAUGUUCACACUGGAGAGAAACCGCACAGGUGUGAUCUGUGUGAGAGCAGUUUUACCACCUCGGAGAACCUGAAAAUCCACCGACGUGUUCACACUGGAGAGCAACCGCACAGGUGUGAUCUUUGUGGGAGCACUUUCGCCACCUCGGAGAACCUGAAAGUCCAUGGACGUGUUCACACUGGAGAGAAACCGUACAGGUGUGAACAUUGUGGGAAAUAUUUCAGUACAUCAAGUCAAGUGUCAAAACACAGCCGUGUUCACACUGGAGAGAAACCGUACAAGUGUGAACAUUGUGGGAAAGCUUUCAGUAGAUCAGAUGAAUUAAAAACCCACCUACGUGUUCACACUGGCGAGAAACCGUACUGCUGUGAACAGUGUGGAGCAUCUUUCAGUAGAUCUGAUCACUUACAAAUCCACCGACGUAUUCACACGGGAGAGAAAUCGCACUGGUGUGAACAGUGUGGAAAAGCUUUUAUUACAUACAGUAAGUUAAAGAUGCACCAACGUGUUCACACUGCAGGGAAACCAUACAGGUGUGAACAGUGUGGGGAAUCUUUUGCUGUGAGUAGAUCCCUUAAAAGCCACGAACUCAUUCACACUUCAUCAAAUUUGUCAGAGCCAAGCUAGUCUUUCCUCCUGCAUCUCCCACCUGUUAUGUGACUGUGCUUGAUUGGCAUCACAUGAUGGCAACUGAGGACGUAUGAAAGUGAUGGAAACCUGCCGUUGAGAAUGUAUUAUCAAAUAGCAAAUGUCAAUGUUCAAGGUAAAUCUAUUGUGAUAUUACAACAGAGUUGUGAUGUGAGAUGAGAUGCAUAUUAGGCCCCCUAAUGGGUCUGAAAGCAAAAGCUAUAUACAAAGUUAUGGUUAGAAAAAUAUAUGAAUAAACAAUUUUACAUGGUGCAGUGCUGAAGAUGAAUUUAAGUCUCUGAGACUGGAAAAAAAAAAGCGGCUCUGCAGUCUGGUGAUACAACAGAUGGACUUUGGUAUCUCUUGCCAGACAGCACCAGGGUGCAGGGCUGGACUUGGGACAAAAAUCAUCAGAAACUCGACCACAAAGUGAAAACAGUGGACAAGAGCAUGCUAACACACCGGCUAAUUAGCACCAACAAGACUACCAAGAAGCAGGAGG